UGCAUGUUACCCGUUAAGCAGCCCUGAAGGCUAGUUUCCACCAGGAAAAAUCAGGAAAAAUCUCCUUUGGAUCGGAACGGACAUAAAAAAUUCCUUUCUCGGUGAGUUCUUAGGCGGCGUUUAUACAAAGGGAACUUUCCUGUCCUGUCCGAUCCAAAGGAGAAUUUUCCUGAGUGGAAACUAGCCUUAAGUAAGUACCAUGUCUGCCAGACACACAUGUGCGCUAAAUGUCUUGCACUUUCAUUCAUAUAAAGGAAUUACUACUGACCUGAUUUGAAAGCCGGCUUAAUCCUAUCUUAAAAGCCAGCAUUUGGUCAACCGUUUUUGACCAACUCUAACCUUGUUUUGUUACAGAUAACCCCCCACCCUCUUUCAAUGUCGCAUUUUCUGGUGGAAAAAAUGUCGGUAAACAAAUCCAAGGCAAUGGCUUGUCCGUGGAAGAUGAAUUUCAACAUACAAUAUUGAAAAGGGGGGAAGGCGGGAAUCUCGCCUUUUCAGGCUAAGCGGUCCAAUAAUUAUGUCACAUAUUGCAACUAUAUUAUAUGUAUAUAUAAUUAUGCUGAUAUAUUACUGUCCAGUUCUUUUCACUCUUUUCUCUUAUAUUCGCCUAUUUGAAUAUUCCAUCUGUUUGUUAAUUGUGUAUACAUGAAACCCAUCCUUGUAGCUAAAUAAGUUUAUUGCAUAAGACUGUUGUGAUCAAUACAAGGAAACUACACAUUUUGUGAAGUCCUGCUUAAAAGAUUUGCUGAGCUAAUGAUUGAGAGAUUCAAGUGUUCAUCAAUCCGAUGAUAUUGAUGGCUUUUUCCACGAAAUUAUGCAUACUAACUUUUGAAUUAUUUGUGGGUGGAAGGUAUAAAAGAAUGUGCUUUGGAGUGAAUUUCUAUCAGAUCGAGUUCCCUUCCUGACCUGUGCGCUUCUGCUGAUUUCAAGACGUAAAGAACUUCGAAAUAAAUAUGCAGCUGUUCCUAGUUGGCUUGAUUGCAUUGUUCUCAUUGGCGUGUGGUGACGACUUGGUAUUCAAACGGACUGCCGAGACUGACGAAAAAGUCCGUUUUGAAUCGGCAGGCUUAGUAAGCAAUGACGUCGGGAUCCAAAAACGCGGCUCGCUUUGUAUAGACACCUGUGAAAAUGGAGUCGUUAAAUCAAAGUAUUGUACAGGUUAUGCAAAGUUUUGUUUCGGUAACGGACAGGUUGUUCCUGUCAAAUUCAACAGUCCAUUUAAAGUACCGCCGAAGGUAACGAUUGGUCUUACCCUGGUCGACACGCACAAAGAUUACAAUGUUCGCGUUAAUGUCGUAGUAGAAAGCGUAACAACUGCUGGAUUCAACAUAAGAUUCAAGCCAUGGGAUCUUUCUAUCACCUAUCGACUUAACGUCAACUGGAUGGCCUGUCCUUGAGCAUGAACUGCACCGCCGACGUUGGUUAAUCCACAAAAGAACUUAGUUAACACAUAAUUUAGUAGCAUGUGUAUUUUGUGUUCAUGUCCCGUGUAUUUUCAGUUGUAAUUCUGAACUUUUAUCCUCAAUAAA